GAGCAAAUAUGACUCAGAAACUGGCUCCUCAGGUUGUGACAUGCAAUGAUACACCACUCGGGUCAUUACACAGUAAGCCGAUGCCUUUGUUUCUCUAGGUCUACCUCUCCAGAAGGAGCACAUUGCUUGCUCUCUGUGUUGCUGGAAAAGCACUCAGAGGUGUGUAAGGAAACAGUUUGCCCUAGCUUGGGCUUCUAGGGAUCUUUCUUUCUGGAAAGAAUUUUGAUUAUAAUCAGAAAUACGUCUGGGAGGUUCAAGAAGCCCUAGAAGAAAAGCAGGCCUGUAAAGGACCAGCAUGGGAAUCCUGUACUCUGAGCCUGUCUGCCAGGCAGCCUACCAGAACGACCUGGCUCAGGUGUGGCGGUGGGUGAAAGAAGACCACCACUAUGUCAACAUUCAAGACGGCUUCAAUGGAGACACUCCUCUCAUCUGUGCUUGUAGGCGAGGACACACGAGAAUUGUUUCCUUCCUUUUAAAAAGGAACGCUAAUGUCAACCUCAAAAACCAGAAAGGGAGAACCUGCUUGCAUUAUGCUGUGAAGAAAAGAUUUACCUUCUUUGAUUAUCUACUCAUCGUCCUGUUAAUGCCUGUCCUGCUCAUUGGGUAUUUCCUUAUGGUAUCAAAGACGAAGCAGAAUGAGUUUCUUGUACGAAUGCUUCUGAAUGCUGGUGUUGAGGUUAAUGCUACAGACUGUGACGGCUGCACUGCGCUCCACUAUGCCUGCAGAAUGAAAAACCUGACGCUCAUCCCUCUGCUCCUGGAGGCCCAUGCAGAUCCCAUGAUAAAGGACAAGCAUGGGGAGAGCUCAUUGGACAUUGCACAGAGACUAAAAUUUUCCCAGAUUGAAUUAAUGCUAAGGAAAGCAUCGUAACCCUGUGACCUCACGACUGGAGACACAAAGUUAAAGGACUGGAUUCUGUCUACAUCUUAGACUACUGGUCUGUGGGCCACCUAGCAGGGUUUCUCCUUCAGGAUAAUCACAGCCAUGUUCAUGUUUUUGAAGAGACUUUAUUUAUAGUCUUUUUUAUACAAUGUAGUUCACCAUCACCAUAAUUGCUCCAGGAGAAAUAUUAAUGUUAUUGGAGUAUCCGCCUGUGUCAAGAACUGAUAUUUCAGAUUCAGACCUUCCUGAAGAAAAGAAACAGCAUUAUCUGAGAUAGACUCUCUCUUUCCAGGUGUAUUAGGUAUAUAAAAAGUCUGUCUUGUCUACAUCAUGCCAAGGAGAAAAAUCUGUUCCUUUCAGGUUCUUUUAAGUACAAAUAGGAGGAGUCCAAGUCUGUACAUUUGUGUAGAAUGGUAUGUGUGUGUGUGAAGCUCAAAGAUGCCAAUGUAAAUAGGCCUUUGAUGACACAACUUGAAUAAAAACUUUUAUCCAUUGCUGAAGGUGAGUAUGUUUAUGCCACAGUAUGUUUAGAAAACAUCACAGAGCAAAACUGUUUGUAGAAACCUCGUUUACCAACAUACCACUAGAAAUUUUCAUAUUAAUUUACAAAUAAAAACUACCUUGCUCUCUC